GAUAGAGGAGAAGAGGAGAACAGAGGGCAGAGAGAGGGAUAGGAGAGGAGGAAUGAGGAGGUUUUUCAGAGUCCACAGGAAUGAGGACUACAGCCAGAUCCAGUAUCUCACUGCCAAGUGCACCCGUCUGUCACAGGAAAAUGCAGUGCUGGAGAGGGAGUGUGUGGUGGCCAGGGAGGGAGAGAGGGCACUGCAGGCUGAGAGGGACGGUCUGACCCUUCAGCUACGGCAUAAGGAACAGGCCAUCCUCGAGCUGAGGGUCAAACACGACCAGCUGGUUAACCAAGCCAACCUGGAGAAGGAGCUGGUGGAGAUCCUAAAGCGCCGCGUGCGCUCCAUGGCGGAGGAGAGCUGUAAGGAGGCGGCGCUGCUGGGGCUGCAGCUGGAGCAGGUGGGCAGUGAGCUGCAGCUGCUGCUGGGCUCCGAGGCGCGUCUGGAGGGUCUGGUGGAGAUGCUCAGGGCCCAGGCCAGGCGCAGAGAGGCCCAGGUCAAGAGCCUCAAGGCACAGCUGCACAGCAAGACCCAGCAGUUGGAGGACGUCCAGGGCGAGUACGCUUCCCUCACUCAGGAGCUGCAGGACAUGCGCAGCGCCCACCAGAGGACGGUGGAGGAACUGCAGCGCGAAAACGAAGGAAGCCUGCGGAAGCUGCGCGAAACGGCCGAGCAGUUUGAGUGGCUGUGCGAGCAGCAGCGGGUCUGGAUGUGCGGCUUCAAAAGAUUCAAAGAUAAUCUCUCCGAGGAGAAGGAAUCCUUGAUUCUUCAAGUAGACAGGUUGCAAAAGGAGGUCACUGAACUGAGGAAAAGCCCGCACUCAUCAAUCCAGGACCCGGAGGAUGUGGACAUCCCACUUUACAGCCGGUCAGCGAGAGAGACCCCCUGGGACGCGGACGUGACGUCCGGCCUGCAGGCCGAGGUGGACAGGUGGAGGGGCAUGUACGAGGAGCUCUUCAGCAAACUCACGCCAUCCCAGGGGGAGGACGCUGUCAACGGAUACCAGAAACCCCCGUGAGGACCCUGUGGAGAACCGACGUUCAGCUCACUAUUUUUUUUGUAAAAUGUUUUUUUCGUCGUCCCUCUUCAAACUUUUUUUUUUUGUCUUUUUUGUCUUGGAGGCACUCCUAAUGCCAAGGCUGCUGUGGAUGGCUGAGUUCCCAGUGUAGUGGAAAAGCCCGUUCCCCUGGACUCUGUCCCUCUCUCUUUGUCUCUCUCUCUCUCCCUCUCUCUCUGUCCGCCUGUCAUUACUCACCAAGCGUAAGAUGAGCAACUUGGCCUCCGAUGGGCUUUUCUGGGCUCGCGUCCCUGUAACCCGCGGGCCUUGCGAUAGCGUGGACCUAAUGCACUUACCUCUGUAUUUAUCUGUUUGCUAUUGUCAUGUGUUGACUGUCUAAUAAGGAUUAUAAGCGCCUCCAAGACAGCCCAGGGACCUUUCUGCGGACUGCUGUACUUCCAAGUUAAAAAGCAGACGCACAGUGGAUAACUUUGUUCAGAGAUGAUGUGACAUAGCAGGGAGUAGUGUUUGAUGUGUCUUGGCUAAAUGUAGUCCAACAACAUUGUCAUGUAAUCCUCUAGAUCCUUACUUGGCUACUUGAGAUUGGUUAAAUAAAUAAAGGUGUUUAUUUGAAGAGUAGUAUAUCAGCAGCUACAUACAAAAUCACACUGUGCUUUCGACUAUUUGUACAAUACAGUGUUUAACUAGUGAUUUACU